AUGGGGAGGCGGCGGCGGCGCCGGCCCGACCCGGCGGACGCGGCCCGGGCUCUGCCCGAGGCCAUCGCUGCGUUGAGCCGGACGCUGCCCGCCGCGCCCAGCCCCGAGAUCUUCCGCCGCGCCAAGUUUGACCGUCCGGAGGCGGCCCCCGCGCUCUGGCGGCUGCUCUUCCGUGUGCUCUCGCCGCUGUCCGCCGACAGCGCCUCGGUCUCGCUCGCCCUGGAGGCUCAAGUCCGCUGGGUGAAGUCGGUGCUGCACUCCCAGGGCUACCCGAGGCGGGCGCUGGUGCAACUCCAGGACGACGGCUCCCAGGGUGGCCGUGAGCUGCUGCUGGCCCUGGCCUGGCUCCUGGCCCGCGGGCCCCUGCCCGAGCGGCUGCUGACCCAGAGCCACGUGAGGCUGGGCGACGAGAUGCCCGUGUGCGAGUGUGAGGCCCUGGCCAGCCCUGGCCCACCUGCUCCCCGUGUGGAAGCAGAAGGCUCUGUGGACAUCCGCCACCUGCAGUGGAUGAUGGGGAAGCUGUGGCUCCGGUGGCGAAACCUGAUGGCCGGUCAGCAGGAGCAGUGCGCCCUCCUGGGCAAGAUCCACUCACACACCCGUGGCUGCCACAGUGACCGCAGCCUUGGCCACCUGUCUGUCACCGAAGCGGAGCUGCUCAGAGACCCCGAGGGUGGCCGGCAGCUGCUGCAGCGGCUGGAGACGGAGAACGCGCGGCUGGAGGCAGCCCUGGAGUGGCGGCACCGGGAGCUGGUCUUCUGGCGGUGGAUGGACACAGUCCUGGACACCUGCCCCCUGGAGGCCUCACCGCCCACGCUUCUGCCUAGGAUCCCCGAGCCAGGGGCUGGAACGGCGGGGCUGCCGGUGCGGGAGCUGCAGGCCUUGCAGGAGGAGCUGCAGGCCCUGCAGGAGGAGCUGCGGGAGGCGGUGGAGGCCCGGCGGGCCGCCUGGCAGGCUGCGGUUGGUGGCCACGGGCCCGAGUGGAGAGCCGCGAGGCGGGCCCUGCAGGCGGCCGUGGCGCAGGACCUAGCAGCCUUGCAGCGGGCCUGGGAGCAGGGCAAGGACCAGGCCCGGCCCCACGGACCCCGCCGGCUGGUGAGGACCGAGGCCAGGGUGCCUGGCGGCCCGGGCCUGUGGGCCACCGAGGCGACGGAGGCGCUCAGGGCCCGGGAGGCCUGCCUGGAGGCGAUGCUGCGCCAGCUGCAGGGCCAGUGUCAGCAGGAGCUGGCCAGGCUGGCGGGAGCGCGGCCCGGCCUCAUCUGGGUCCCGCCGCCCACACGCUGAGUGCCGCAGGCGCCCCCAUGUCCGGGCUGGGCCUUGAAUGGGCGGGAUCCAUCCUUAGCGGCGCAGGCUCUGGGCCCCGGGCCCCACCUUGGGCAGAGCGUGCCUGCUCCCUCCAGGCCUGGGGCAGGCCCGGGCUGUGCCCCCGAGGAGGUUGUGACAGCCCACAGUGGUGCCAUGGGCAUCAGGCCUUGGUGAGGACUCGGAGGAAUGCCGUGGAGGCCUGUUGGCAGAGCCGAGGCUCCAGCUGGCCUCUGUCCGGGGAAGGGGGCACCCCUCAGGCCCGGGGAGUGCCCCUGGGCAGGCUGGCGAGGCGGGGCUGGCCUGGGGCUCCCCAGGUGCUGGACAGAUGGGCAGGCCUGCAGCGCGGGGUGGGUGUCGGGCAGCACACGCUGGGCGCCCCUGCACACCCCACUGGGGCCAGCCUGUGCCUGGGACGUGUGUGAUCAGAGCCCUGGGUGGGGGCUCUGCUCUGUCCCUGGGGGUGGUGCCCAGGGGCCCGGGAGGGAGGCCAGUGCAGACAGAGGGGCUUUGUUUUCUAGGCCGCAAGGGAGCGGGGCCCAGCUUGACAAAGAGUCAUCUGUCUGUGGAUGUCCCGCCAGCCCUGUCAGAGCUGGCCUGUCCCCGUCCUGGGAGACUGGUUUCUCGCGCCCACGCCCCACCCCCGUGGGCACAGCCGAGGCUCGGCCUCCUGGUCCAGGCUGCCCUCUCCCUGCGCGCUUGACCUCGACCUGCCGCUGGUUGGCUCAGGCCCUGGAUCCCGGGCCCCCCAGAGUAUGUUCUCAUUGGCACAUCCCCCACGCCUGGGGGCACCAGCUGGUCCAGGCCUUUGUCAGAGGUGGGGGCACACCCAUGGCGCCUCUGCACUGGCCUCUGGCGCAUCGGCCAGACCCGGCAGCGGCGAGCAGACGCCCCCGUGAGGACCGCCUGUCUGACCCUACCCCAUGGCCGGCCCCUAGGUUCUCUGCACCCCCUCCCCGGCUGGAGCCCUCCUGCCAAGGCCGUGGCUCCCUGCCGCCUGCAGUUGGGGUCCAGGUACCUGACCCAGGCCUUCCGCCUCGGGUGUUGAGGCCACUUCUCGUCUUCCUGCCACCGCCCUCCUGCCUGCUGGAUGGGAACAAGUCCACAGAAGGACUUCCUGCCUCCUGUGGACUCCCUAGGGCCGUGAGGGCCACGGCCUUUGGGAACCUGAGCUUUAAAAACGCAAGUGGAAACUCAGUGCCUUGGGGCUGUCACUCCCCCGCUGACCCUCUGGCCCAGUACAGUUCAGUCAGAAGCCCCGUGUGUCCGUGGGACUCGGGGCGCUGAUCCUGAAACACGAGGUGGACCAGCCUGAGAGGCCAGGCUGGUGGGCGGCAGGGCCCCUGGGGUCGGGCUCCUCCUGCUGCUGUAAUAAGUGAGUGUGGUUCCGAUCCGGCCACUCCGGGGGGCUGAGGUCCAGUGGGCAGGCAGGAGGCCCUGGAGAGUCUGCCCUGGGCCUCAGACCUCACGGGCUCCUUCUCUGAUUCUUCGCUGCUUCUCCACAUCUGCACUCCCCCUGGUCUGCCGGCCACCAGAGUCCCCUUCUGCGUGUGACGUGACAGGUUCACAGGCCUGACCCCAGGGCUCAGACCCUGCCCGCCACCCCUGGCCCCGCGUGGGGCAGCGCAGGCCCACGUGUACCCUGGAGCCGAACUGGCUGCUCCACCCGCAGACACAGCCCUGCAGGAGGCGGGCACGCCACGCCCCACUCAGUGGGGAGUCAUGGCAUGGAGGCGGAGGCCUGGUCACUGAAAGAAGCCGGAGCUGCAGCUCGUGACACCUGCCUGUGUCAAGGUUGGAGUGGAGCGGAUGGAGCUGUCUGUCCAGGGGCCCCAGAGGAGAGGAAACAGGUGAUCAGACGAAUGACCAGACAGUCGCCUUCGCUGUAACCAGGGACGAUGGGCAGGGCCGCCUGUGGGUGAGGGGGGCGGGGUGCCUGGAUUCGAACCGCGCCCCCCCAAGGCCCCCUCAGGCACGUCUUUCGAGGUGGGCAUCCCACAGUCACCAAGGGGAGAGGCAGGGAGCGAGGGUCAUGGCAGCAGGCCCCCUGCCGAGGCCUGGGGUCCAGGGUCCAAAGGUCCGACUCCUAGAAAACAAGCACGCUGCAGAAGACACGCAGGAGACCCUCAAGAAGAACAGCCACGACCCGGGCAGGGGGGGCUUGCACCCGCGGGGCCUCCCUGGGGUCCUGCCGUGAAGACCCUGUGCUUCUGCCGCAGGAUGGGCUGGUUCUACCCCUGGUCGAGGACCUAAGAUCCUCGCGUGAUGCAGCCAAAAAAAGGCACUGAUCACGUGCGUGUGACCUUGGGGACGUGCGGCUCUGGGGUCCCACUCACCCCAGAGGGCAGGGCCUCAGAAGGCAGGGCCUCAGAAGGCAGGGCGGGGGCCCGGGGGCCCCCUGCGCCCAGACUCUCACCCCCGCCGCUCUGUCUCCGUGGUCCUCCGGGCGCUGGGCCUCCCUGUCUACUGGCCCCCUCCCUCGCCUUAUUCACACUGGUCGACCUUGGCCUGACCUUGGCCUGGGGACGUGGCUGGCUAGUCAGGACCACAGGCCCCCAGAUGCCCUUCCCUGUGGCCUGAGGGUGUCCCCGGGUCCCACUGAAGUCCAGGUGCGGGUGGGCAGGAGCAUCUCAGAGCGGCAUGUAGGAGACAGUCCCUGCCGGCGGGGCCCACCUGGCCACCCGUGUCCUCCCUGUGGGCGUGGCCGCUGCCCACGAGGUGCCUGUGAGCUCUGGGGCCUCAGCUGGGUCCUGGCUGCCGAGUGCGGCCGGGCACCCGGCUCUCCCCUUGGGGCUGGGCUGACUCUCCACUUGUCCGGCAGCCAGGACCGCCGCGGUGCCCGUGUGCCUGCCCUGGGGCCACCCCCGGUGCCCGGGGGAGAGCGGACACCCAGACGAACCUGCAUAAGGGGCGGGGGCGUGCCGUGCGGGGUGGGGAGGCCCGAGGCAACAGCGGUAGUCAGAGCAGGCCUGCCCGGGGUGAGGGCGGGGGUGGGGGGACCGGGGGGAGGACGGAGUGCUGUGUGUCCUGUCCAGGAGGGGGGUCAGGAAACGGGGUGCUUCCGGGGAGGCUGCAUGAGAGGGGCACGGACUGCAGGCUCUCGUGUCUCUGGCAGGGGUACCCUGUCUAGGGCCAGGUCCCGUCUUGGUUCUGAACAGCCCCUGUGCCCCCGGGUGGGGAGGGUCUGGGGCUCAGUGAGGGGUGGGUGAGGUCAGGCUGGCGCCUGGGGUCUGUUGCUCUCUUGGCCGUGGGGCAUGUCCGCUGGUGGCUCCUCUGGAAAGUCGUUUUUCCUCUUAGAGCCUCUCUCUCUCUUUUUGGUGGUACUGUGUCUUCACUGCGGCCGUCUGGUUGGGGCUCCGGGGCUUGGUUGUGGUGUGUGGGACCGGAGAUCCCAGCGAGGGGCCGCAUCGGUCCCCCUGCACUGGGAGUGUGCAGUCUCAUGCACUUGGCCAGCAGGGCAUUCCCUCUUCCAGUCUUUGUUUACAAGUCCCGUCUCUCCCCUUCCCACUUAGGGACAUUUUUAAAUUGUAAAAAACACAUCACUGAAUUUGCCAUCUUAAUCUGCCUGCCAGUGCAGGAGACACUGGAGACACAGGUUCAACCCCUGGGUGGGGAAGAUCCCCUGGAGAAGGGAACGGCAACCUACUCCAGUGUUCUUGCUUGGAGACUCCCAGGGACAGAGGAGCCUGGCGGGCUACAGUCCAUGGGGUCGCAAAAAGAGUUGGACACGAUUGAACGUGAACACAAAAUCACUUUUUAAAAAUUGAAAUAUAGUAGAUUUACAAUACUGUUAGUUUUGGGUAUAUAGCAAAAUGAUUCAAUUAUAUAUAUAUAUAUUUCAGAUUCUUUUCCAUGGCUUCCCAGGUGGCUCAGUUGGUAAAGUGUCUGCCUGCAACGUGGGAGACCUGGGUUUGAUAUCUGGGUCGGGAAGAUUCCCUGGAGAAGGAAAUGGCAACCUACUCCAGUACUCUUGCCUGGAAAAUUCCAUGGGUGGAGGAGCCUGGUAGGCUACAGUCUAUGUGGUCGCAAAGAGUCGGACACGACUGUGCGACUUCGCUUUUUUUCCCACGAGAUAUUGACUGUAUUUCCCUGUGUCUUUCCCUAAGUCUUUGUUGCCUAUCUGUCUCACGUUUACUAUACUGUGUCUUUAAUACCAUGAAAGUGAAAAUGUUAAGUCGCUCUGCUGUGUCUGACUCUGUGGCCCCAGGCUCCUCUGUCCUUGGGAUUCUCCAGGCAAGAGGACUGGAGAGGGUUGCUGUUUCCUCCUCCAGGGGGUCUCAAUCCCACAUUCCCGAUUGAUUCUUCCCUGCCCCGUUUCCCCUUCUGUAACCAUAAGUUUUUUUUUUUUUUUUUCUAUGUCUGUGAGUCUGUUUCUACUUUUUUUUAAAUUAAUAGAUUAAUGACUUUUGGCUGCACUGGGCCUUCGCUGCUCUGUUCAGGCUCCCUCUAGUUGUGGCGGGGGCUGGCCUUUUGUGCGGUGCUCUGGCUUCUCACUGCAGCGGCUUUUCUCCUGGAGCACAGGCUCUAGGCUCACGGGCUUCAGUAGUUGUGGCUUACGGGCUUAGCUGCUCGGCAGCAUGUGGAAUCCUCCCAGACCAGGGAUCGCACCCCCGUCCCUUGCACUGGCAAUCAGACUCCCAACCACUCGACCACCAAGGAAGUCCUGAGUCUAUUUCUGUUUUGUAAAUAAAUUCAUCUGUAUCAUUUUUUAGUUUCCAUCUGUAAAUGAUAAAUAAUAUUAAUAUUUCUCUUUCUCUUUGUGACUUACUUCUCUUAGUGUUAUAAUGUCUAGGUCCACCCAUGUUGCUAAAAGUGGCAUUAUUUCAUUCUUUUUUAUGCUAUCCUAACCAUUUAUUUUCAGAUCGAAUGCUGCCACCUGAAUUAAUUGAUCCAUGUGGAUUUUUGCCUGAUGUUUGCUGACUCUCAAAAAUUGGUUUGCAGGAGUUCCUUGAAAAUUUGAGAUAUGAAUACCUCAUUGGUUUUACACAUUAUAGAUAUCUUCUCCAUUCUGUCCCCCUCAUAGCUUAGUUGAUAAAGAAUCUGCCUGCAAUACAGGAGACUCUAGUUCAAUCCCUGGGUUGGGAAGAUCCCUUGGAGAAGGGAAAGGCUACCCACUCCAGUAUUCUGGCCUGGAGAAUUCCAUGGACUGUUUGGACAGGGUCACAAAGAGUCGGACAUGACUGAGCGACUUUCACUUUCACUUUCCAUUCUGUCGUUGGCUAAAAAUUUGCUCAUGGUUUCCCUUUGUUGAAUAGAAAAUUUAAAUUUUGUUUUAAUUGAAUUAUGUUUUUGCCUCUUGCUUUUUAUAGUCAGCAUUUGAAGACGUGCUUCUGUCUCGUGUCAUGUUCUCCGCAUUUCCUUCUGUCAGUUUUUGCUUCAUUCCAUCCAGAGUUCACCCCUGUGUGUGGAAUCAGGAAGGAGUCCAGGUCUCUUGCAUGCAGUGAGUCAGUUUCCAAUACUGUCUGCACACAAGCAUGCCCUGUCCUGGAUCUGUGCUGUCAGCUUCUCCACACUCAGCCCCCUUCUCUUCCACCGGGCAGCUCAGGCACCAGUACCAUGCCGGUUUCAGCACCCCGUGCUUCGUCAGGGUUCACCCUUAGGAGCAGAACCAGUAGAGGUUCUAAAUGAAGAGAUGCGCUGUCUGCGGUUGCUGGUGUAGAAAGAUCCCGUGGUGACGGCAGCUUCACUGUGGCCAUCUUGCUAACGCUUACCAGUCAGCAUGGUGGUCCUGUUCUUAGUCUUCAAGGGCACACAUCUAAGGCUUCCCCGUGAAGAACAGUGCGUCUCUGCUCUUCUGGUACAUAACUUUUUACAACUUUUAGAAAGUUUCUUUCACUCUUAUUUUCCUAAGAGCCUUUUUAGAAUCAUAACUAUCAAAUGCUUUAUCUUCAUUAAUUAAGACAGUCAGUCAUAUGAUUUUCUCCUUUAUCAUGACAAAUUACAUUAUAUUAAUACUUCAGCACCCUUUCCAAAGUCAAACCACCCUUGCAUUCCUGUGAGAAGUCCUGUUUGAUCACGAUGCUGUUAACAUUUAAAUAUGCAGUUGGUUUUGGUUAGGUAUAAUUUUAUUUAGAACAUUUAUAUCAAUACUCGAGGGGAAAUGGGCAUAUGACUGACUUUCUUCUCUUUUUUCUUUGUAUUUCCCUUACUAUACUUUGGAAUCAAGGUUACGUUGGCCUCAGCAUAGCCUCUGCCGUCUAUUUUUUGGAAUAACUUAUUAAGGUAGGAAUUAAUUAUGCCUUGAAACUUUGUUCUUAGUCACACUGUAACAGUGCUUAGUAACAGCACUCAGGCUGUUAGUUCCUUGACCAGGGAUUGAACCUGUGCCCCCUGCACUGGGAGUGUGGAGUCUUUUUUUUUUUUUAAGAUUUAUUUAUUUGGCUGCACUGGAUCUUCACUGCUGUGCACAAGCGUCUUCUGGCUGUGGCACGCAGGAGCGCCUCUGUUGCGACCUGCAGGCGUCUCAUUGCAUGGUGGACCUCUCUGUUGUGGAGCAUGGGCUCUAGGCACGUGGGCUCAGUAGUUUGUGGCAGUUGGGCUUAGUUGCCCUGUGGCAUGUGGGAUCUUCCCAGACCAGGGAUCAAACCCAUUACCCCUGCAUUGGCAGGUGGAUCCUUAACCACUAGACCACCAGGGAAGGCCUGGGAAUGUGGAGUCUUAACCACUGGGCCGGGGAAGUCCUGAACUUGACUUUUACCGAGUAAAGGUUUUUGAUUUUGAUGAGGUCCAGGUCAUCACUUUAUCUCUCGUGGGCUGUGCUUUUGGUGUCACGUUUUUGUUUUUUUUUUUUUACCAGUCCCAGGUCAUGAAGAUUUCCCUUUAUGUUUCCUUCUGCAAAUUUAUAGUUUUUACAUUUAGACAUACUAACCACUUUGUGUUAAUUUUUGUGUUAGAUAUUAGGCUAGUUUAAAGUUUUUUUUUUUUUUUUUUUGGCGUAUGAAUGUCCAGUUAGUGAAAAUUCUAUCCCUUCUCUGUCGAAUCACCUUCACACCUUAGUUAGAGCUUACUGGUCGCGUCAGCAAAGCAGGGGUGGAAAGGACCUUCCCCAGGCUGCUGACAGGUAUCUGCCACUUUCGAGAGACUUGUAUCCAAAACACAGAAGGAAGUCCCUCCUACAGCUCAACAGUAACAGCACCACAGCACAGUGGGAAAUGGGCAGCGGGUUUGAAGAGAUGUUUCUCCAAAGAAGAUACACACUGGAGCAGUAAGCACAUGAUGGGGUGCCCAGCAUCAUGAGCCACAAUGGAAAAGGCAGCUCCAACUAUGAGGAGAUAGAUACUCCGUCACCCAUAGGGCGGCUGUGAUAAAAAAUACUGACAGGGAGCAAUCACUGGGGAAAAUGUGAAGAAAUUGGAACCCUUAUAUAUUGCUGGUGAGAAUGUAAAGCAGUCUGAAAAACAGCAAUUCCUCAAAUUGUUAAACAUGGAGUUACAUCAUGACCCAGCAAUUCCACUCCUAGGUAUACACUCAAAAGAAAUGAAGACACAGGUCCACAUAAAAUCUUGUUCAGAAAAAAUAUUGUAUAAAGUGUCCAUUGCAAUAUUAUUUAUAACCAAAAAGUGGGAACAACAUAAAUGUUCAACUGAAAAAUAAUAAAAUCUGGAGUAAAUAAUGGAAGGUUACUUGUCAAUAAAAAAGACUAAAGUAAUGACAGACUCAUUUGCUUUGUAAAUUAAGUCACAAAAGACCACACUGUAUGAUUUUAUUAGCAUGAAAUGUCCAGAAUAGGCAAAGCUAAGGAAUAGAUUAGUGGUUGCCUAGAGUUUGGGAAAUAAUUGGGGAUUGAUUGCUAAGUCUGGGGCUUCUUUUUGGGGGUGAUGAAAAUGUUCUAAGAUUAUGACAUGUGUGAAUAUACUAAAAAACCUUGAAUUGUAAACUUCAAAUGUGUGAAUUGAAUAGUAUGUGAAUUAUAAUAAGCCUGAUUAAAAAGUCGACCACA